UGCAAGUCGUAUACUCGUUACAAUGGUUUGAAUGAUGAACUAGAGGAGCGUAAGAGUCAGGUCAGUGACAUUGAUGAAAGACUUCAGAACAGAAGAAAAAUGAAUAAACAGAACAGGAAAACAUUAGAUGAACUUACAAGUGAUAACUUAUUACCUGCAGUGAAGGAUCUGACACCAAAUGGUACGUCUGUUGCUACUUGUUUUACAAGAAUGAAACAGAAAGAGACCACAACUCAAGCACACAUGAUUAAACAGUUGCGUGUAGUGAAAAGUUCUCAAGAGACCAUAGAGUUAUCACAGACAUCACAGUUGUCACAAUUAACGGCAUACACAUUGAUAGAAAGAUUGCAAAGAAGAGUCGAUAAUCUCAAGCUUGUAAUGAAAAAGAGCAAAAACAAAAGACCAGAGGAAUCAAAUAAUGUUUUGCCAAGUGCUAUUGAUCGUCUCGGUCCUAUUCUUAAGGCUGAUUAUGAAGUUGCUGUGAAAAAGGGGAAGUUGCCAAUAAUGCGAGGGAACAUUGACAUGUUUGGUGAAGAAGAUGCCACUGCAGUGCCACUUGGCUACUUUGUUGGUAAAGGCGAUGAAGUAGCUAGCGAAGAAGCAAUUCAGGAAGUCACAUGUGUUCAACGACAAAGACCAGUAUUCACUAGAAAUAUCAUUCCACCUGAAGGAAAUGUAGAGUUGCAUGGCCACGAUGGCAUGGUGGAUAUCCAGGCUUUGUUUGCUGAGAGCAGUGCUCUUAAAGAUGAGAACAGUGCUCUGAAAACAGACAAACUCAUGCAGGAUUAUCAAAAGGCUGUUACAACAUCAUGUCAAGAGCUUGUUACUGGCUUGAGGGUACCAAUCAGACAGCUGGAGCAACAAUUAGUACAACAUUAUGAGUACGAGUUGUCUCUUGCACGAGAAACUGAGCAAACCCUUAGAAAUGGAAAUGAGGUGCUACGUAAACAGCUGGUGUCUGUUGGGAAUAUGUAUCGUAGUUUACAAUCAGAGGCAAUGGAGAAGAAAGAUAGGGAAGAAGAAGCAAAACCAGCGGCAGAAGAACAAGAAUGUAGUGAAAAAACAGAAUUGAAGAACAAGACGCUAAAAUCACGUCUGGAAUUUGAAAGCUCAAAACCAACUAAAGGCCCAGGAUCGAUGUUGGAACUUACAGAAGGUAAACACACUUUAAGUGAGGAUGCAGCUGCAAGAAAUAAUCUGCAAGCAGACAGUGGAUAUAAUGGCUGUAAAUCAUCACAGACAGUGGAUCUUGCGCUGUUACCUGCAGACAUGCAAAAAGACAAUGGAGCAGUGGCAGGUUCCUUUAGCGUGUAGUUCACUCACUAACAGAUUGAAGGACAAACAACCAGAGCUAAAUCAUGAACUGAAGUCAGAGUAGGAGACCUGAACUAACAACGGAGAAAUUGAUGCGCAGUUUUUAUCGCUUUUUGAUUUAUUUUAGUGAUACAGUUUGUAGCGUGUGUAGGUGUGUGUAGCGCGUGUAGGUGUGUGUAGCGCGUGUAGGUGUGUAGCUCGAGUAAUUAGAUGCAUGUUUACGUUAGCACUGCGUUAAAGCACGUUAGUAUGACAUCAUGACUGAUGCCUAUUUAGACCAUUACACUUGCUAGAUUGUUUA